CGGAAGAUAAAGUGUGGCGUUUGGCCGGAGAAAGCGAAACGAGCGUGCGCUUGCAAGACCAGAACCAUCCAUGGCGACCUCUUGCUCAAUGUCCGCAGCGCUCUCCCUCAUCCCGCUCUCUAGUCGAACUUCCCUGUCUUCCCGCCCCAAAUCUCUCUCCCUUCCGCUCCAGGGCUCGAACCUUCCCAUCUCCCUGUGCUUCCGUGCGCAUCCUCUAUCCCAUGUCUUCCCCGCGGCCGCUGCCCUAGAUGCAGCAGAGGUGGAGGAGGACUCCGUCGUUGCUGCCCCUUCUCUCGAUAUCGAGGCGGAUGCCGAUAAGAUGGCACCAAAGCAGAAAAUAAGAAUCAAACUGAGGUCCUACUGGGUGCCAUUGAUUGAGGAUUCAUGCAAGCAAAUACUAGAAUCUGCUCGAACAACCAAUGCAAAGACCAUGGGUCCAGUGCCCCUUCCCACAAAGCGGAGAGUUUAUUGUGUCCUCAAGUCACCCCAUGUUCACAAGGAUGCUCGGUUCCACUUUGAGAUUCGGACUCACCAACGGCUAAUUGACAUUUUGUAUCCAACUGCCCAAACAAUCGACUCACUGAUGCAGCUUGACCUUCCUGCGGGUGUGGAUGUGGAGGUCAAGCUAUGAUGCCACCAGCGCUUAUGUUUUUCUCCUCAUUUGUUUUUAUUUCCUUUUCACCCAUUUUUGUGUGUCGGGACUCAGGAACUAGAAGGCAAGGUUUUAUAUUUUUAACUAUGGCUUGUUUUGUGUUCUUCUCAAGUUUCUUAUCUGAAUCUGUUGCAAGUUGUUCCAUUCAAGUUGCAGCAACAUGUUGUGUGCUUUUCGGCUUAUUUUUCUUUCAUCUUGUUUGUACCCAAUUCAUUUUAACAGGGUCAAGCCUGAGGCACGGGCAGUAUAUGGUGACUGAACUGUUUAUUCCA